AACGUUCCAGUGCAGUCUAGUGCAGGAAUAGAAAACAAGCCUACUUUCUCCUCGCGCGCGCGCGUGCGCACAUACAAGUGCACACACCACACGCAGUAGCCUAAAGCCUUGUGUACACGAUGCUAGAAAUUGAUCCGAGAUCUCGAACGGAGAGAGAAUUGACCAAUCGCAUUUGAACAAUUAGGCCAAUUGAUUAAUGCGAUUGGUCAAUUCUCUCUCUCGGACCGAUUUCUAGUAUCGUGUACACAAGGCUUAAAGUAGGAUCGCCGAUUAAUGCUUCGAAUCGCCACCAGGGUGUACGAGCUGACGGUAAUCACACCACCAAUGACCAAUCUAAAUAGGGAGUUUCAAAAAACUAUGUUUCAAAGAAUAAAUUCAAAUUUAAAUUUACGCGUAUACAGACAGCUAACAAUAAGAGAGAACAGUCGAAGGAUAUAAAUUUAGUGGGACGAUACAGCAUCAGCGAUGCGCUGUACGGGAUCACUCAUCACCAUGGCGACAAAUGAUCUCCCUCUCUCUUUCACGGCUCUCUCUAGCCUUUCUCUAGCGUUUCUUCUCCCGAUUCCUCCUGUAUAUAUAGAUAUGUAUACAUAUAUAGCACUAUACCUGCCUCCGUCGUCGUCCUGCCACCACCUACCAUCCCGUGUCAUCCCCGCACAGAGCUUUUUCCCCGACUACGUGUUUCGACUCACCAAUGUCAGCAGUAGCAGUAGCAGCAGCAGCAGCAGGCUCCGCUGCUCCAAAUGUCACCACUUGCCGCUACCACCAUGCACCUCCCGUCGGAAUGACGGAUCCUGCCUGCGGCAGACGUAGCGCGUUCACGGCAUUCACGAAGAUAGGCCAGCCAUAUACUCUCGGUGAUAAUCUUGCGUGCUCCUUGUGUCGCCCUUCCCCGUCGCCGCUCUCGUGUGGCUGUAGUUUUUUUUCGUCACGCACGUGUUACAUGCUCACCACCGCUCGUCCAUUUAAAGACAGCUGUCACGCGCCGAACACUGCAGCGGCGAUGAACCUCGCGAUCGAGAGCGUCGAUACAUAUUGUGUGUACGCGACGACGACACAAGAGAGCUCUCCUGGAAAAGCUGCAAUGUGAUAUUCUAUGUUAUUUUACCCUAUGUCAAAAAAGCUAU